AUGUCGAGCUCGCUGGAAGAGUGCUUGGACCAGAUUUCGCAAUCUGCGGAUUCGAUCUCAACCCUUUACUUCAAACCUCCAGGAAUUUUCCACAAUGCCAUUGUGCACGAUGAAAAUAAACAAUAUGCGGAUGUCAUUACUAGGGUUAUACGCGACGGGGACCCGCAAGAGGAAACUUCGUUGUAUAAAAUCCACCAAAAUGGGUUACCUAGGAGAAAGGAUGGGAAAUACGGCGUUUUCGAGUACUUGACUGAAAGAGAAAGGAGUUCGAGGCGUAAUCAUGCUACCGAUUCCAAAGAUGAAAUUCCCAUUAUCAAAGUGCCACGCGAGUUCUAUCUCAAGCAGCAUGAACAAGAAGCAAAAAAGAGGCGAAAGACGACUAGGGAAUUUUUUUUCGAUGAUCAAAAAGUGGGUGGUGUCUUCGAGGUUCUAUCAAAAAAAUUCGAGUCGCGACCAGAUAUUAGAAACCUGCUUCAGGCGCUGCAAAAUGGGAGCGUGGUGACAGAUGAGGGAUCGAAUCAAAAUGAUGCCACGCGGCGUCGUAGGACUUUGUUCGUUGAGGAUUUCCCCGCGGAUCUGAUGCUUUUGGUGCUGCAAGAAGUAGUCGCAGAGUGGCCCGUAAGCGAAUACCAAAGCCAAUAUUUGAACAUACUCCGGAGAUACAACGACAUAUACGCUAAAAUGGAGACUCUCAGGUCUCAAAUACAACAUCAAGAAGCGCAACUGCAGAAGAGGGAGCCGACAUCAAGCGUAAGCAAGCUAAUCGAGAAGGAAAAACAAGAAAUUGAACAAAUGAGACGCAGGAUCGCAGAACUUGAAGAACGAUCGCCUUCCCAGUGA